AUGAGCGGCUCCGCUUCGUCGUCCACCGAGGGUGUUGUUCCACCGCACCCACCCAAGCUGCAGCACCAUGCCUCUUCCAACAUGGAGCAUGUGCAGCGUUUCGGCCCGCAUUCCAACAUGGUCUUCCACGAUGAAUUUGGAGAGCGUCCCCCCGCCCGGCGUAUUCGUGAACUUAUCGGCAAGCCCGUCAUCCGCCAGUGGAUCCAAGGCGGCAAACUUUACCGCGAGCCCUCGGCACGCGAGGUUCCGCGCUUUGAACUCUUCUUCGACCUUUUGUUUGUUGGCAUUAUCCACCAGCUUGCCGAGUCUGCUAUUGAGGAGCCGGGAGGUAUCGCUGUCGCGCGCUUCAUCCUCACCUUUUACCCCUCGUGGAGUAUCUGGGAGGAGGCGAGGCGAUACUCGAACCAGUCGGGCACUGACGAUCUUGUCCACCGUGUCUGGGUUCUCGCUGGCAUGAUCUGCAGCAUGGGCUACUCUGCAAACGCCUCGGCCAUCGAGCUCCACCCGUCCGAGGAAGGAGAGGAAGGAGUGGUACACGAUCACACUGCCGUUCGCGCCGCCGUGGCAUUUUGGCUCAUCAUCAAGCUGUCUCGAGCCCUUGUGCUCUGGUUCUACGCUUGGAAGCUGCCCAAGUUCCGCACCUCGCAGUUCCUCGGUGGCUGUGCCGUUUUCCUCCCCAUGUUUGUGUAUCUCCCUCUCAUCUGGGUCACCUCGCGCCGCGCGCAAAUUAUCAUUGCAACCGUGGGCAUCUGCGUCGACCUCUGCCGCAUCGACGCCGUCUUCAUGUACAUCGGAGGUCGCUACCUUCGUUGGAGGACUCGUCGUGAGGAGGAGCGCCGCAUCCAAGCGGGCGAAAUGCGUCCCGAGGACAGGUCCAACCCGACCAGCAUGUUGGCAAUGGUUCAGUUCAAGGACGGCUUUAGGAUCCCAGCCAUCAACAUUGAACACAGCAUCGAGCGGUCUGGCGCGUUUGUCGUCAUUGUGCUUGGCGAGCUUGUCAUGAACCUCCUGUACACGGCGACCAAGGGCGAGUUUGGCGCAAGCCCAAUGUUUGGAAAGGCCGCGCUCGGUCUCUUGGUGGCCUGGGCCCUCAACUACCUUUACAUGACCCCCGUCGAGGGCCCGUACCCGUACGAGCACGCUGUUCGUCGCAGCUGGUUCACUGGUAUGAUGUGGUCUUUCCUUCACUGGCCACUUUGCGCGUCCCUCGUACUGGCGUCCUCUGCGUCGGGCGAGAUGGUCAAGCACGAUGAGGUCGAAGCGGGCGUCAAGUGGUACUGGGGCUGUGGCCUUGGCUUUUCUGUUCUGUUCAUGGCCAUUAUCGACGUUCUUCACAAACACAUGCACCCGUGGAGGGCGGAGCGUGUCCCAAGGGACAGCUGGCGGAGAAGGACGAACACCAAUAUCCUUUACAAGAGUGGCAGUACUGACUUGCAGGCCGUUCGCUUUACCAUUGCCGUGGGCGGUGCGCUCGCACUUAUGCUCUUCCCGCUGUCGGCACACCGCCUCAGCUCGACGGCCAUGAUGGGCAUCUCUGUGGCUAUUACGUGGUUUAUCCUCAUCGUCAACGUCCUCGGCCAGCUCCCGACCAACUGCGACGACCCCGAGGUCAUCAACACGCAAAGCGCCCCCGAGCCAGUGGUCACCCAGCUCAAUCGCCAGGAGACGAACACUACCGGCCACCGAAACGUGUUUACGGCUGUGGACGACGAGUUCAACGUCAUGUCGCACACCUAA